CUAUCCACCACGAAUCUUACAGCCAAUGAAAAUAAAGCAUUUUCAAUCCAACGCUCGAUGUUUCAAGUUCCCUGCUCACACGGAUAGCUAACAAUCCAACCGUUACAGUUACGUAUCUAAAUCCUAUAUAAACUCCGACUUCUCCGCAAUCUAACAGAAAAGCACUAGAAUCAGUUUCAUUAGAGAGAAAAAACCUCAAGAAAUCACACAGCUAUGUCAGGAAGAGGCAAGGGAGGAAAAGGUCUCGGAAAGGGAGGAGCUAAACGGCACCGUAAGGUUCUCAGAGACAACAUUCAGGGAAUAACAAAGCCUGCAAUUCGUCGUCUCGCAAGACGUGGUGGCGUGAAACGUAUCAGCGGUCUAAUUUAUGAAGAAACCCGCGGUGUUCUCAAGAUCUUUCUCGAGAAUGUGAUUCGCGAUGCUGUUACCUACACCGAGCAUGCUCGCCGUAAGACUGUUACUGCGAUGGAUGUUGUUUACGCUCUCAAGAGGCAGGGUAGGACUCUUUACGGAUUCGGCGGUUAGAAAACUCGGAAUUGCUGUUUAAUUUAGGGUUUCUUGUAAUUUGAAUCUCAAUGUUUAGGUAUAAUGUGUAAUAGCACCCCGAGCUUUGGCAUUAACAUUAGUUUUUAGCUUUGUUCUGUGAUUAAUUGAUGAUUUGAGUUUUCAAUCUUGUUCAAACCAUUGCUCUGUAGACGUUAAUUAUGUUGUGCCUAAUUGGAUUUCUUUUGCAAUUCA